CUCCUGCAAGGGGUUUCUUUUGUUUAAUCACUACUCUUCCGUGUGUAUUUGAUCGAACACUUACUUAUCCCUCCCACCUCAGAGGAGGAAAAGAAUAAACAUCUCACUACACAAACAUUAGAAGAAAUCUCAACUUCAAUUUGGAGGUUAGGAUGAUUCCCCAGUAAUCCCAGUGCAAAAGAAAGGGAAAACCAAUUAAGGGACAUUUAAAGAACCAAGCAAUGUGCAUGUCAAUUCCUCCAUGAACGAAUGCUUAAUUGUGAAGCAAUGCUAUUCUCAAUACCAAUCCCAGGUUUCAAAGUCACCUUCACAUUAAAAACCAAUUUUGGACAGACAUGAGCUUUUCAUAAACCAACAAACCCAGCUCCCCAAACAAGACACUAGAAAAAAUUGUAGCGGUGUUUUUUCGUCUCCAUUCAGUCAUUUUAACAAACACAUAGCACAGCAUAGAAUAAUACAUUAGAUAAUUAGAUUGCAUUGAAAACCAAAAAUUCUAAAACAUUCAGUGAUACAUCGAUAUCAGACAGAGAGAGAUGGGAAAAGGGAAAGUGGGCUUUUCGGUGAUGGCGUUGUUGGUCCUAGUAGGUCUGAUUUUGGGGUCUUCAUCUGCUUCUAGUGAUGAUAGGCAGCAAAGGUGGAGAAAAGCAAUGCUAUCAGGAGAAAUGUCGUCAUCAAUGAUGCUCAAUAGAGUUGGAUCGUCCAUUGUUUUUCCACUUCAUGGGAAUGUAUAUCCUGCUGGAUAUUAUAAUGUUACUCUAAAUAUUGGGCAGCCACCAAAGCCCUACUUUCUUGAUAUAGACACAGGAAGUGACCUCACAUGGCUCCAAUGUGAUGCUCCCUGUCACCAUUGUACUGAGGCACCUCAUCCACUUUACCAACCCAGCAACAACCUAGUGGCUUGCAAUGAUCCCCUCUGUGCAUCUUUGCAGCCGCCUGGUGACCACAAAUGUCUAGACCCAGAGCAGUGUGACUAUGAGGUUGAGUAUGCGGAUGGUGGAUCAUCUCUUGGUGUUCUUGUCAAGGAUGUCUUUCUUCUGAACUUUACAAAUGGAAAGCGGCUUAAUCCUCUUCUGGCCCUCGGAUGUGGGUACGAUCAGCUUCCAGGUAGAGAUCUUCAUCCCUUAGAUGGAAUACUUGGCCUUGGCAAGGGAAUAUCCAGCAUCCCAUCGCAGCUUAGUAGCCAAGGUUUGGUGCAAAAUGUAAUCGGCCACUGUUUAAGUGGGCGUGGUGGAGGAUUUCUCUUCUUUGGAGAUGAUAUCUAUGAUUCAUCUCGAGUGGCCUGGACACCAAUGUCACGCGAUAUUUCCAAAUACUAUUCACCUGGAUUUGCGGAAUUAAUAUUUGAUGGGAAAUCAACUGGGAUUAGAAAUUUACCUACAGUUUUUGACAGUGGGAGCUCUUAUUCUUACCUGAAUUCACAGGCAUAUCAAGGAUUAUUAUUUUUGUUGAAGAAAGAAUUAUCAGGAAAGCCCUUAAGUGAAACAUCAGACCAAACACUGCCUCUUUGUUGGAAAGGGAAGAAGCCGUUUAAAAGCAUUCGUGAUGUCAAGAAAUACUUCAAGACCUUUGCAUUGAGCUUCACAAGUGGUGGCAGGACUAAAACAAAGUUGGAAUUCUCCCCAGAAGCGUAUCUGAUAAUAUCAUCCAAGGGAAAUGCCUGCUUGGGAAUUCUAAAUGGUACAGAAGUAGGGCUGGGCGAUCUAAAUGUCAUUGGAGACAUAUCAAUGCAAGACAGAAUGGUGAUUUACAAUAAUGAGAAGCAAGUGAUUGGGUGGGUGCCUGCAAAUUGUGAUCGGCUUCCCAAGUCCAAAAGCAAUUCCAUUUGAUAACAACGAUAGUCUGAUGAUCUCAUCAUCAUAGGGUACCAUCUAAAGAAUCAUAUAUGUAUAAUGUAUCAUUUGUAAAGAAUACUCCGUUUAUGUAUGAUAUAUGCACGAGUAUAAAUUGUACAAGGGUGAUACCCCUCCUAUCAUAAUUGGGGAUACGUGCAAGUUGUAAUUUACAAAAAUAUAUUGUAUGCACAAAUUUGCAAAACAUAUGUACAAAUAUUUAUUUUGGAAUAGUCAAGAGUUGCCCCCAGAAUUAA